CUGAGCAAACAGUCCGAGCGUUUCGAUUGGAAAACUGCUGAAAUGGGCGGUCGGAAAAUUUAGGAAAAUUAGUCGCGACGAGUGUCCGACGCGGUUGUAGUGAAAAUCCGAGUUAACUGUGCGAAUACGCAACGUGCCGUUCGGAAAACCGCUUAAAAAUAAAACGCAUGAUAUCCUGGCCGACGCAGGAUAGCUGUGUGAAGCAAACGCGAGGAUUAAAAGGAAGGAGAGAAGGAGCGGCAGCAGGAUAAGAAGAAGAAGCAGAAGGCGGAGCCGCAUCUGCCGCAGUCAAAACACAAAACACAAGAGGAAAUCCAAGAAAAGCGAGACAAAAAGUGCAUUCAGCGCAGGGAUAUGUGAAAUGUGAACGAUGUUGCAACGUCGCGCUGCUUGCAUUGCCAAGUAAAAGCAAAGUAAAGCAAGGGCAAAAGCAAACGCAGAAGAAAAGCAAAGUCAGAACAAACAAAAUACACAAAGUGAGAGAGAGAGAAGGAGAGAGGGAGUGUUUGGUGUAUCUGUGUUUCGAAUAGUGCGUUCGUGUGUGUUUGUGUGUCCACAACAAAUUAUCGUAUAAUUUCCUUCGAUUUUGCAAUAACAAAAAGCAGAGAGACCUGGUGACUGUCGAACCCAAGGGGAUGUCCUCUCCACCAUCAACCCCCGCUCCCUAAGGUCAUAGGUCGCAAGCCAGGAGUCAACUGAGCGGCUUAAGUGAAAGGCGGCAGGCAGACACACAGAGCGAGAAGCCAAUGAACCCGCUUCUGGGAGCAGACAGUCGGCAAACGGAUUACGCACAUCCUGCAGAGCUCUCUCGCACGAACCAGCCGGCGGCAGCAGCAGCAGCAGCCACAAUGUCCAAGCACACGGACAACGAUAAUCUGCGCAAUGACAUCUACGAAAAUCUGCCCUGUCAGGCGAUGUACAACGAUUCGGUGCGCAAGAUGCAGCAGCAGAAAUCAUCCACGCAGACGGCCGGCAAUAACCCCAAUGCGAACUCCAUUAGCAACUGCAACUCCACGCCGCCGAUUACGAAGCCCGCCAGCAAUCUGCCCAAGGAGAUGUUGUAUGCCACACCUCUGCGCAAAUCCGAUCGCUACAAGAGCGGCGAACGGAGUCGCCAUGUAAACACAGGAAACCCAGAGACAAAGCUGUCCAAUUAUCGGGACUCUAAUCGCUUGGCCAGUGCUCGCAACGGCAAUCCCGUUCAGAUCACCGACCUAGAUGCCGAUGAGGACAAUGGAAAGGGCGACGGUGUGGACAUCAGUGCCUCAACUAGCGCCCUAGUGGGUGGCUCCAAGUACAACAAUCAACCGCCGGGCGGAACGGCCAACCAGCACUUGGAGGAUCGACGCAUCCUCAACUUCCUCAAGGACACCACACAGCUGCAGAAGAAGCUGGAGAUCACGGGACGCGAUUGCCCGAAUGCAAGUUUCUCCAACCUUGCGCGCGAGGAGCACUUUGCCAAUCUGGUGCAGCAGAAUUUCCCACAGGAUGUGGGUCAUCAGUUGAAUGGUGAAACCAAGGCAGAGGAAGAUGGCCAGGAGGCGGCAGGUGGAGCCAAACCCGAGGGUGCCGAGGAUACAGAUGGCAACCUGGAGGCUCUAAUGCAACGCAAGGUGUCGCCGGAUAAGGAGGUCAAUGGAUUGGUUCACAGUGGAGGCCUGGAGCCAAACAAUCGCAUUGUGAGCACCGUUUACAUUCACCGCGAGUGGGUGCUGAAGAAGAUUGCCCUGUGUCUGGAGCAGCGAACGGCGAGCAAGAAGCCAGUGCCUGUGGCCCUGGGAGCAGCUUCCUCCAGCUAUGUAUCCGCCAGGGCCAAGGCGGCGGCCAUAUCGAGUUCCAGCUACAAUGGCUGCCUGGUUCUGGGAUCGAAUGGGUCUGGUAAGACCUCCAUCUGCCAGGCCAUCAUGAAGGGCAACUCCGGCACCAAGGGCAUACUCAACCGGAAGCUGCUGGCCUGCUAUCUGAUCGAGUCCCAGAAUCCGGAGUGCCACAGCCUGUCGCUGUUCAUGCGGAAGAUUGUGCUGCAGCUGCUCAGCCAUGCCUCGCUGAUCAGCCGGGAUGAGAGCCAGCGAAUCAUCGACGAGGGCUUUUCCUUCCUGCGCGAAGAGGCCCAGCAGCAGGAGUUCAAGCUGGACGAGGCCAUGAACAACAUAAGCCUCAGCGAGAAUGCCGAGGAGCUGCUGAUCGAGGAGCUCAAAAGGGGAGCAAGCGAGUGCGACACCAGGGAGCUGGACAAUUUCCAGUCGCAGCGCACCUCCACGGUGAACAAGGCGGCCAGGACGAGUCUCACGCGCCAGCAAUCGGAGCCGGCUCCAUUACAAAGCGUUGCUGCAGUGGAUCCGGAUGACAAGACUGGCAGUAACUACGGCACACAUCCACCGAAACGCGCCUCCAGGGAACGAGGUGAUCCCGAGCAGGACAAGGACAUGGGCAGCGAAAAGGAGCAGAAGCAAUCUCAGGAACAGAAGGAGCCCGUCAAGUCGAGUCCCGCAAAAAGCAAGUCAAAGAUACCCGUCAAGCGCGGUCGUUCCGGCAGCGGUGUGCUUUCACCCUCGAAAUUGGCAACCAUCAGCAACGGAGGUCAGUCCAUUCAGCAAGGUGGUGGCGAGGACAUAGCCGAUCUCAAUACUGACCAGGAGAAGCACGAAAUCGAAGCGGCCAUCAAGGAUGACAAGGUUGAAGAACCACAAGCCAACAACGAAGAGAAUGAGGAGGAUAAACCCGAGGCGGAUAAGGAUUUAGAUGAGAUUUUAAAAGAAGAGUUGAGUAAAUCCAGUCAGGAAGCCAAGGAGGCGGAACCCCAAGGCGAAUGCGCGGCUGAUACCACCACUGAGCCCCUCAUUGAUUUCACAGAUACCAAAGUUAAUGGCAAACAGGAGGAGGGGCAGACGCCACCGCCAGUACCAGGCGACAAGCCGAGGAUUAGCACCAACACACUACCCCCACCGCUGCCGAAAACUAAGAGCUGCCGCACCGUCAUAGCUGAUGGCUACUACGAACUGCUUCUGUCGAAUCCGGAGAUCCUGGAGUGCCUCAGCGUGGACAACAUCGAGAAGAAUCCCGACGAGUGCUUCAAGAAGGCAUUCCUGUUUCCCCUCCUGGAACUCACUCCUCCAAAGACGGCAUUACUCCUGCUGAUCGACUCCAUCGACGAGAACUACAUUAACGAGGGCAACCUGAUCUCCACUUUGAAGGGAGGAAGGGGCACGGUCACCAACCACAAGAGCCGUAAUGUAGCAGAGCUCCUCUCGAAUCACAUCCACCUGUUUCCCAAAUGGCUCUUUCUGGUGUGCACCACCAAAAAGCAAACCAAGCAGAUCACCAAGAUGUUUACCGGCUUCAAGAAGAUCACCCUAGACGAUCUGCGCAAGUCGCACGUGGUCAAGGACGUGCAGGAGUACAUUAUCAACCGGCUGAAUUCGGACUUCAAGGAUAGCAUCAUGCUGACCAAGGAGAUAAUCGAAUCCUUGCACCAGCUGUACAUCAAGUCGAAUGGCUGCAUACUCUACCUGGAGAAGGUGCUGCAUGGCAUCAAGGACAACUUCUUCAGUUUCCGAGAGAUCAAGCUGAUCCCUUGCACUCUAAACGGCCUGUACUUGUACAUCUGCCAGAAGUCCUUCAACAAGAAGCAGUAUAUGAAGAUCAGACCUCUGCUGAAUGUCCUGCUGGCCUCCUCUGGAUACGUGGACAAGCUAUUCCUGUUCAACUGCCUGCGCACUCACAACUACACAAUCGAUUGCCAGGAGUUCGAGAAGCGGUUGCAGCUGAUGCGGAACAUCCUGGCCUAUGACUCCAAUGCCCAGCGCCUGAAGAUCUUCCACAACUCCUUUGCCGACUGGUUGGUGGACGUGAAGUUCGCCACCAAGAAGUUCAUCUGCGACGUGAAUGAGGGCCAUGUUAUGAUCUCCAUGUACUACCUGCUGGUGGCGGAUACCCUCUGUGCGAAUACGGUUCGAAGAUUUGCCUACCAUCUCAUAAGAUCGGGAGAGUAUCUGACCAGCCGCCACGUUGACCUGGAUCUCAUCCUGAUGCUGCUGGAAUCACGACUUAACUUGAGUGACUGCUUCUACACGAACCAGAUGAACUGCUGUGCCCAGUGCGAGCAUGACUUCAAGUACGACGUCAACUUCCUGCCGAAGACGCGUGCGAUGUUAGAGCGUUUCUUGUCCAGCGAACUGAGCGAACCAUUCGCCCAGUUCCUGUGCGAUUUCUUCAAGCCCAGCCUGCCCACGGACGCCAAGAUGCUGAAGCUGCUCAUUGAGACGGGCAUCAACAAUGCCGAAUCCCAGAAUUCCUGUGAAUCCUCCCUUAUGUCGCCGGAACUCUCUGAGAAAUCGCAAAACAUUGACUUUGAGCUGGCGGAUCUGCUAUUAUCCAGCGAAAAGAGUUGUCUGAUGGAGACCCAGCGAGCAGGAAGUCCUUCGGAGCACAGUGAGCCGCCAGCUGAGAGCCAGGAUGAGAAUGCAUCGAGCACGCUGCACCAGCUCUCCGACUCCCACCACAUUGAGCUGCACAAGGGCAAGGCUCUGAUCCACAUCCUGGCCAACGACGGCAAUCACCAGCUGCUGGAGAGGGCCCUCAAUGCCUGUAAGAGUCCCAUCGACCUGGAGAUUGAGGACUACAAUGGCCAGACUGCCUUGAACAUAGCCGCGAGGAACGGACACCUUGAGGUGGUGAAACUGCUGUUGAGCUUCUCCCAGCCCUGCAACGACGGAACUGGCCGGAUGAAGCGGGUGGAUGUCAACCAUGCCGAUCGCGAUGGCUGGACUCCCUUGAGAUCCGCCUCCUGGGGCGGACACAGUGAGGUGGUGCGUCUACUGAUCGCCCAACCGGCCUGUAAGAUUGACCUCGCCGACAAGGAGGGACGCACAGCUCUAAGGGCCGCCGCCUGGAGCGGUCACGAGGACAUCCUGAAGCUGCUGAUCGAGUCGGGAGCGGAUGUCAACUCUGUGGAUCGUCAGGGACGCACUUCGCUUAUUGCCGCCUCCUACAUGGGUCACUAUGACAUCGUGGAGAUCCUACUGGAGAACGGUGCCAAUGUCAAUCAUCUGGACCUCGACGGACGCAGUGCUCUGUGCGUGGCCGCCCUGUGUGGAUCUUCCGGAUACAGUAAGGUUAUCUCUACGCUCCUCGAUCACGGUGCCAACACGGAUCAAUUGGACAACGAUGGCAUGUCGCCACUGCUAGUAAGCUCCUUCGAGGGCAAUGCCGAAGUGUGCGAGCUGCUCCUGGAGAACGCCGCCGAUCCGGAUCUCGCCGAUUUUAUGGGACGUACUCCACUGUGGGCAGCCUGUACGGCCGGACAUGCCACCGUGGUUAAGUUGCUGCUCUUCUGGGGCUGCGGCAUCGAUUGCAUGGACUCUGAGGGACGCACAGUGCUAAGUAUUGGCGCAGCCCAGGGAAAUGUGGAGACGGUGAGGCAACUGCUCGACCGCGGACUGGAUGAAACGCAUCGGGAUAAUGCCGGCUGGACGCCACUGCACUAUGCCGCCUUCGAAGGAUUCCACGAGGUGUGCCUGCAACUGCUGGAGUCGGGGGCCAAGAUCGAUGAGUGCGACAAUGAGGGCAAGACCGCCUUGCAUCUGGCCGCUCAGGAGGGACGGCUUCACUGCGUCCAGGCUCUGCUGGAUAUCCACUCCAGUUUCGUGGACCAAAAGGCCCAUGAUGGCAAGACUGCCUUCCGACUGUCUUGCCUGGAGGGUCACAUGGACACCGUGGAGUUCCUGCUGAAGUUCUGCUGCGACGUGAACUCCAAGGACGCGGACUCGCGCACCACCCUGUACAUCCUGGCGCUGGAGAACAAACUGGAGAUUGUCAAGUACCUGCUGGACAUGACCAACGUGGAUGUGAACAUUCCGGACAGCGAGGGACGUACAGCUCUGCAUGUGGCCGCCUGGCAGGGACAUGCGGAUAUGGUCAAGACCCUGAUCGAGGCAGGAGCGGAUGUAAACUCCAUGGACCUGGAGGCCCGAACGCCACUGCACUCUUGCGCCUGGCAGGGCAACCACGACGUAAUGAACAUCCUUCUCUACUACGGAGCUUUGGCGGAUCACGCCUGCAAACAGGGAGCCACUGCAUUGGGCAUCUCAGCACAGGAGGGACACGAAAAGUGUGUGAUCGCCCUGCUCCAGUUCGGAGCCAAUCCCUACAAGUCGGACCACUGCGGACGAACGCCCAUCAAGCUGGCGGCCAAGUCGAGUCGCACCAGCAUCCUGAAGAUCUUCGAGAGCUACACCAAAAAUGAAGCUAGCAAUCCCAACGAACCCAAGUUCCAUGCCCAUGCCAGCAUGUUGAGGUCCCCGGACCAGCCGCCGGCACUGCCGCUGCACCAGAAUCUGGCUCCCUAUCCGGCGCACGCCUCCGCCACGUCGGUCUGUUCGGCCGCCACCACGGCCACGGUGCACAACGGCAGCCACCUGCACGUCCUCAAUGCCUCCAGCUCCACGCACAGCUCGAACAACUUCUACCAGAACACCAUGCAGUCGGACACGAGCAGUUUGCAUAAGCGCAAGAGCGUUAUCUCUAGUCAAUCCACGGGCAGCAGCAAUGAUCAAGCGCCGCUUACCUUCACGCAGCAAUUGCAGCGACAAAGCAAACUCAGCUCACGCAACAAUCUGAUGGUCAAUUCGAAGCACGCCUCCAGUUCGGGAGGAGCAGCAGGACACAAGUCUAGUGGUGGAGGCGGAGGUGCCCAGCGGCACUCGCAGGUUCUGCCCGAUCUCAGCGAGCAUCAGCUUGCAUCCAACAUGACCAACGAGGCGGACAUGUACGACAUGGAGUGCAUGUCGCCGCUGUAUGCCACGCCCCCGCAUUCGCCCAGCAGCGAGUUGAGCUCACCCGGCCAACUUCCGGGUCUGAAUGCCUUCGUGGACGAUGAGAGAGCCGGAACUAGCAGUGGCGGAGGUGCCAAGCUGCCGGAUAAUCAUUUCGCCCGGGACACGCACAUGCGUAUUAUUUUGGGAAACCUCAAGGAAAACCAGCCCAGCUCCUCGGGCAAAAGCAAGCGCAGCGGAGUUUCCAGUAAUCCAGCAAUGCGGCUCAUCCGUAGUCGCUUCGAUGCCGCCUCCCAGUUGAUCCGACGCACCAACAACAUACUCUCCUCCAGCAGCAAUCAGGGCUCCUCCAGCAUUGGCGUCAAGUCGGGCACCUUCCAGUGGCGCAAGGAGAGUCAAAUGUAAACGCAAGCGCGGGGAAUUACCGGAUUACAUAUUAAUGUAUUCCUUUACAACUCACUCCUUUUACACACCAACACACCCACUUGCAUACUCAACCUUUAAACCAUAAUUUAUUUGAGUUUAUAUACCUUUGUACUUUUUGAUAAAGUAUUUGUUUUUUGUGAUAGUUUCAAUUUUAGUAAACUUUUUAACAUAUAUUCUGAUUUAACUAAAUAUAUUUAGGCAUACUACCCAUACGAAGUAGUUUAAGGCACGAGCCAAGUAUUAAGCUAAAAACCCAUAUAUAGAAUACUUCAUUACAUUUUUGGCAUGCGAAUUGUAGGCAGAUUCUUCUUCAAUGUAGCGAAAAAACUAACGAAAUUUAAACAGAUCACGACACGAAUGUAUACUUAAGAGAGCUCAGACCACAGCACUGUUCUCAGAAUUAAUUUAAAAGUAUUUAUUAAAUAACCUUGCAUAAGACA